AUGACUGCAAACGACGUGCAACUCCCCGCCAAACCCGCCAACCUCCCCCACCCAGACUAUCACACCCCCCGUGGCGUGUCCCCCCUAGAGACCGUCCGCGCAGCAGGCCUAGAAUACCCCAACUACACCCCUUUCAAGCUCCCCAAUCUUACCCCACACCCCUUCACCGACCGCGGACAACAUGCCGAUCCAUCCAAAUCUCGCCUCCUCUCCGUCGCAACGGAGGUCAUCCACCUUACCCCAGACAUCGGCACCGAGAUCGCUGGCCUCCAGCUCUCGGCUCUCACUCCAGCGCAGAAAGAUGAUCUAGCGCUGCUAGUCGCAGAGCGGGGCGUCGUCUUCUUCCGCGACCAGGAGAUGGACGUGCACGAGCAGAUCGCCUUCGCGGCGUAUUUCGGCGAGCUGCACAUCCAUCAGAUGGCGGGCAUCAUCCCGGAUUUGCCCUGGGUGCAUCCCAUCUACAAGGACCAUACGGCGGUGAAUGGCCGCUCGCAUCAGAUCUGGCAUUCGGAUGUGAGCUAUGAGCUGCAGCCGCCUGGUCUGACGAUGCUACGCAUGGAUACCCUGCCUGCUGCGGGGCCAGGGGGGAGUGUAGCCGGGGGUGAUACGAUCUGGGCAAGUGGGUAUGCUUUGUACGAGUCGCUGUCACCGAAGUUGAGGGCGUUUCUGGAGACGCUCGAGGCGAAGCAUAGCGGGCUGGAGCAGGCGGAGAAGGCAUUGAAGACGAAUGGCUGUCUUCGGCGGGAUCCGAUCGAGACCAUUCAUCCCGUUGUCCGGACGCACCCAGUCACGAAAUGGAAAACGCUGUACGUCAAUGAGAACUUUACCAAAGAAAUUGUCGGCAUCGAGAGGAGGGUCGGAGAUGCACUGCUGGAUACGCUCUACCGGACCAUCGCUGAGGCCUAUGAGUAUCAGGUCCGGUGGAAGUGGACGCCGAACGCCGUGGCAAUCUGGGAUAAUCGGGUGACAUUCCACACGGGGAUCUUCGAUUACUUUCCUCAUCUGCGGCACGGAUUGCGUGUUGCGCCACAGGCUGAGAAGCCAUAUUUGGACGUGGAGUCUAAGACACGGAAGGAGGACAUGGAGACAUUCAUCCCACAGAACAUCAUGCUUUUCCUUGCUCUACUUUUCGUCCCUCUCAAUCUGGCAGCAGCCCAGCUCAUUGGCCCCGUAGGCCCGGCCACUCCUCUCUCCAAGAAGAUAAUUGAAUGUAACAUCCUCAGCUAUGGCGCUGUCGCCGACAACACCACGGACAUCUCGACCUCCCUCGAAACAGCGUUUAAUGACUGUGUCCGACGCAACCCCGGCAGCAGACUCAUUGUCCCUGAGGGUCAAUACCUGAUCUCCCGCGGCGUCGUGCUCAGCAACGCAACCAACUGGGCGUUUCAGCUGGAUGGUCUCGUCACGGCAGCAUAUGGGGGGAACUGGACCAUUGAUCGUGCGUUGAUCCUUGAGGGUUUUGCUGGUGCAGACGUUUUGAAUGCUACCAUUAAUGGGGAGGGUGACCAGAAGUUUUUGUUAGAUGUCUUGGUCAUUGUCAAUGCGGUCGACUUCGAGUUCUACUCAUCCAACGGUCUCGGUGCCUUCCAAGGACAAGGAUAUCUCUACCGGAAUCUAAACAACACCGAUCGUCCCCGUCUCGUCCGCUUGAUCUCGCCAACGAAUGCCUCCGUCCAUGACCUGAUCCUGGUCGAUAGCCCAAAGUUCCACAUCGUGCUCGACUUUGCCGUCAACGUGGAAGCGUACCAUCUUACCAUCCGGGGUGCUAAUCUCGGCAGUUACGAUGGUAUUGAUGCAAUUGGCACAAACUAUCAUAUCCAUGAUAACGAGGUCACCAACCGCGACGAAUGCGUCUCCAUCAAGAGCCCCUCUCACCACGCCUUGAUCGAGAACUUGGUCUGUAAUCAGGCCGGCUCGGGCGUCUCCAUCGGUAGUCUCAACGUCUCUGCCGAAAUAUCAAACAUAGUCGCACAAAAUAUCAGCAUCAUCCAGGGGAACAACAUCGCCUUCAUCAAGACCUAUCCCGGUGGCUCCGGCUACGUGACCAACGUCACAUUCGCCAACUUCCGCUCCAAAGCAAGUCUGUACGGGCUCAACAUCAACCAGUACUGGCAGAACACGUUCGAGCCAGACACUGGCUCGGUCACGUUGAGCAAUCUUGUCUUUAGGAACUUUUCAGGUUCCGUGGCAAAUGGCGUCCAACGCCCACCGCUGUACCUCAUCGCUAACGACCUCACCUACGCCAGUAACGUUACUGUUGAAGACUUCACCGUCUGGACAGAGUUCGGCAGCAGCGUCGUCAAUAAGGUCAACAAUGUUUUUGGCCGCGGUGAUGAUUCCUAUGGUCCGAGCAAUGGACUCGUCUCUCUCGCUGCUGGAGAACAACCGCAUACGUACACGAGCACGUACACCAUUACCGCCUCGCCGACGGGAUGGGUCGCGCCGGAUUUGCCGACCUGGGCGGUGCCGAGUACGGGAUAUGGAACUGCGUCGCCGAUUCCGGUUUACACUCCUAGGCCGCUGUGGAGGCCUGGCGGGGUGGACUAUGAUUUGCAUUACUGGGGGACUUUUUAG